UGAACCGUGAACCGUGGCGGACGUGUUUUCCGCGUACGCGCCAAGAAUCAACUCAACGUUGUAGCCCGCGAAGCCGGUCUCGCGCAAAGAAUUCCACAAGUGUGCGGUAGAGGCAAAGGUUUUAUGGUAAAGGUGUGUGCUAUAAAAGCCGCGCACACACAACCCUAAUUGAAGUUCAAAGAAUAUAAAGGGUUUUGCGGGCCGUGAGUAAUUCCGUCGUGUGUUACCUGUUGGGGCAGUGGGUGUUUGUGUGUGAUAUUACGUUACUUGAGGAAGUCUGUAAGCCCCUGUAAGUAAGUGUAGUGUAGUGGAUACGCGAUACGGUUCGUGUCACGUCUAGAUGUUUUCGAUUGUGAUACGAGAUUGUGCAAGUCUAGAGAGUGGUAGAGCCGUUCUACAGAUGUACUAGCCAUCUGGAGAGCACUUGAGCCCGGAGUUGUUUUGUUCGUAGUGCACCCAAGUCUGCGUGUACGGCGUUCUGGUGGUGAAUGGAAGUGAUAAAUAAUCGCUUGAAGGGAAAGAAGGAAACCCUGAAGAAGACCAAGUAGCCGCCGGACGGACGGACGGACGUCGCGGGGUCACCCAGAUUGUGUAAGAGGAGUGGAAGCUAAGAAGAUCCCCGCGUAGAACCGACGCAGCGCGACUGGGCGAAGAACAAGCAUAGAGUUCAACACAGAGAGUUAAUGAAUGAAUGGAAAGCCGACCAAAGAAUCCGGGGAAAGAAGUUUGUCGGUCGGUCAUAAAUAUCAGUAUCAACGAGAUUCUCCGAAGAAGCUGAAAAGCCGACUUGUGCAUCGCUAGUGAUACAUGUUAAAGGAGAACACAACAAUUUCAUCAGAACCGCUUAAAACACUUGGUCACUUAUCAUCCCUGGGACAAGCUUUGGACCGUCAAUCAAAAGUGUCAGCACAUUCAGGGAGAGCCUCCUGCCAAGCGGUCCAAAAUCAUCGCGCGAAAAAAAGAAAACCGUACAAAAAGUUCCAACAGCAGCAGCGGAAAAAGUUGAUGCAAAUUUCCUGAAACCAAACCAUUACUGUCUUGAGCCCGUGGAGUUCAUCGUGAGUUAAGGAAGCAAUAAAAAAAAGUGUCGAAGUAAAACAGUGUGAGAAAAGCAAAAAAAAAGUUCUUAAACGAUGCUGCCGGAGAAAAGUUUAAACCCGGAGCGGAAGUCGAUUGCGCGCAAAAAGUCCAAGAAAGUCUAACGAAGAACCAACCAACCAAGAGUCUGUGUGUGCGGCUUGUCACUGUCGCGCAACAAACUAGUACUUAAGUUUCUAAACUUGACAGGCACAGUUGUGUGUUUGUGGCGAAAGAACGAACGAAAAAAAAUGCAUAAUUUAAGCCGCCCAAGGAGGAGGCCCCACCGGCGGUGGCAACCGGCUGUGAUAUGUUUGCUGAUAAUUGCGCAAAUGGUGGAUUUUGGAGAAACCAACGAAGCAUACGACAUGCUCGACGACCUGAUGGAUCAGAAUGGGUCGCCGGAAAUUUUACAGAACGAACCUGAUUUUGACCUCGAUUCCGGAUACCCGGGAAUUAGUCCAACAAACGAAGCGAACGACAUGCUCCGAGACCUGAUGGUCCAGAACGGGGCACCGGAAAUCCUGCAGAAUCAACCGGACUUUGAGCUCGAGGUGGACUCGAUGAUGGAGCUGUCCUGCCAGGGUACGGAACCGGUCAAGUGGAUCAUCAAGCGGACUCCCGAUGAGGAUAUUGAACCUGAACCGGAAGUUCUGCUUAUUGAGGAAUUCAAAACUGGCAUUGCUGAGAAGCCAUUUGGUAGUCGAGUGACCAUUCUCAAAGCAACGCCGGAAAUCGUUGGACGGUACUACUGCCUGUACGAAUCGGCAGAAGAUACCGUCGAUGACCUCGCAGAGUUGCCUCCGCUGUACAAGGCGGACAGCACCUACAUCUUCGUCAAGGAUCAACAGAUGGUACCGGUCCUGAAUCCGGUCGUGCACGGCGUUCAGUACGCCGAUGUCAUCAUACCGUGCAAACCUUCCUCCAAGGAUGGGAUGGUCGAACUGGUCAAGGACGAACACGAGAUGCCGGUCAACCACGGAGGCUUCUCCAACACGCGCGGCUUCACCAUCCUGGUCAAGAGCCUGGAGCAGAGCGGCCUGUACAAGUGCCGCUCGCUGAACAACACCGAAAACGAGUUCCACUUUGAGCUGCACGUCAACGAAGCCUGUGAGUUGAGCACGCUGCUUGAUCCGUUCGCCGCGAACGGAACCACUUCCUCUACUUCUUCUUCUAGUACUAACAACACCUUUGUCGACAACUGUCGCGUCGAAUCAUCGGCGCCCAAGUCGACCGUUCCGGAUGACGUCCGUAACGGGUCCGCGUCGUCGUUGUCCGUCGAAGUCUUCAACGAAACGGACGAUGACGACUGGUUUCUUGCCAAACUGACCAAUAUCCGUGACAGCAACGACACCACAGAUCAAGACGAAGAUUUUGAACUGACAACGGCGACGACCACCCUAAAAUCGGCACCAUCCGAACGCCUCGACAAAAGCUCCGCCAACGAUAUCGCUACCACUACCAUUAGUUCUACUAAGCUUGCUACUACUAGCUCUGGUGUCGGAUCCGAAAAGCUUAACGUUUCGUCAGCUAGAGUUCCUCUUCGUCAGCGCGGUGGGGCUUCGGGUGGUUCUACAACGCAAGCCGACCCGUCGGCCUCGCCACAAGUUCGGUCUAGAACCAGCUCCAUCACGGAGUACAUCCGAAAGCCCCAGAUCGAACCCCAGGACGAUGCGUUCGUGAAAAAGGGUGGCACGCUGAAGCUCAACUGCACGGUCAACGUGGCCCACGAUGUUCAGUUCAACAUGUGGUGGCAAAAGUCGGAUAAAAAGCGGAUUGAAACGGAUUCGAGGUUCACCGUGAGUUCGGUUUCGGCGGAGCAGCAUCCGGAUUUGGCGCACAACAAGCUCGGUCGGAUCGAGCUGACCGUUAAACGGGUCACGGUCGAGGAUGCCGGAUAUUACUGGUGUCAGGUUAGGGACCACAACAACCACGAGAACAAUCGAGCCGUCAAAGUGUACGUCAUCGAUCACGGAGAAGACUUCAUCAGGCUAACCGAGGACAAUAACUUGAGCUUCAUCAACGUUUCGAUCAACAAACGGGACGUGAGGAUCAGGAUCAAGUACUCGGCCCAUCCAACGCCGGUCUUCUACUGGACCAAGGACAACGAAGACAAGCCACUGAUUCACGGUGAAAAGUACGAAGUGAACGUCAGCACCAAGGACGUCACGUUGAUCAUCAACCGCCCGGCGAUCGAUGACGCUGGAACGUACACUCUGCACGCUCACAACGAAGGAUCUCAAGCAACGUACGACAUGCGGGUGUACAUCAAAGCUAAACCAAUUCUCACCAUGGACCCCGUCUACGCUCGACCCGAUGAGAUGGUCAAGUUUACCUGUACCUGCGUAGGCUAUCCCAAGCCCGAGAUGCGAUUUGCGUUCUUCCCGUGCCAGGCGGAACCCUGGGUGAACUGUUCGCAGCCGCUGCUGCCGAAGACGAUCACGGAAUACGGUCUACGCCAGCAGGACAACGGCCUGCACAAGGACAUCAUCACGAGCGAGGACUUCAGCUUCAAGGCGAGCAGUCCCGGAUACGUGGGCUGUUCGGCGACGAAUAGCGAAGGGCGUGCCUUCGCCAAGGCGGACCUGCUGAUCAGCGAUCUGGACGAACCGGUCACGAUCGAGCUGAUCGAGCCACGGGUGGAGGUCACGCUGGGUGACCAGGUGGAGAUUGUUUGCGCCGCAACGGUGUACAACCAUACCGAUCAGAUUGAGUUCUUCCUGGAUGGUAAUGUGCUGAGUGAAAGCAAUGGCGAGGGGAUCUCGUUUGAGAGUUGGUACGAACGAUACGCGUACAGGAAGAAGCUGGUCAUAGCGGACGCUCAGAAAAUGCACGAAGGAGAGAUCAAGUGUCAGACGAACUUGGUGGAUUCUAAUGAGGUGGAAAGCAAGGAACUUCGACUGGAGGUCUACAACCCGAUUGCACCGUGGAUCGUUGAGGGAAGCGGCUCCGAAACCGUAGAGCUGAGCAUGGGCGAUGCAAACCAGUUCCUGUGUAGUGCCGAAGGAACGCCAAAGCCGAAGGUGGAAUGGCUCAAGGAUGGUCAGCUGAUGCACUUCGACAACGACACUCCUGUGCAGGUCAUCAACGACAAUACGCUGUUCUUCCAGUUUGCAAAGGAGGAAGAUUCCGGGGAGUACACCUGUCGGGCUUCGAAUAAGGUGAGCUCGGCGGAAAAGAAGUGGACGCUGAAGGUUAAGACUGUGACCAUACGACGAACCUGGAUCUACCUGGUUCUACUGCUGCUGCUUAUCCUAAUUGUAGCUGUGAUUCUGAUCUCCUUGUUCUACUACAAGAAGAAGAAGGAAGUGCGAACCAUGAAGGAAGCUGGACUGGCAAACUUUGAAGAAGGUAACCUGGAUCAAAUGAACCCGGAACUAACGCUGGACGAGCAAGCAGAUCUGCUUCCGUAUAAGAGCGAAUACGAGUUUCCCAAGGAAAAGCUAAAGCUUGGCAAACAGCUGGGAGCUGGAGCGUUUGGAGUGGUUAUGAAAGCCACUGCUUCUGGCAUCAUGGUCAACGAAGACGAAACGAUCGUUGCCGUCAAGAUGGUCAAGAAGCAGACGGAUAACGAAGUUAUGCGAGCGUUGAUAUCCGAGCUGAAGAUCAUGGUCCACCUGGGUCAGCAUUUGAACGUGGUGAACCUGUUGGGAGCGGUCACCAAGAACAUCGCUAAACGAGAACUCAUGGUCAUCGUGGAGUACUGUCGCUUCGGUAACGUACAGAACUUCCUGCUGCGACACCGGACGUACUUCAUCGAUCAGGUGAACACGGAAACGGGUGAAAUCGACUCAUCCAUUGAGCAGAACCAGCUCCGCUGGUCCAAGGCAGGGUACACCUACAACAGUCAGGGCUUGAAGUAUGUUAAUCUUUCGUUUUCUACGCACAACGUGAACAAUCCCAACCAAAACAACAACAACAACAACAAUAAUAACAACAACAACCAUCAACAAACGCGCCAACGGCCGCCGUCGACGACUGGGGCCACGUAUAUCAACAACUACAUCAACAGCACCAACUCCGGGGACUAUACCAACCCGAAGGCGCAUCUCAACUCGAAGGGGUACGUGCGGCACUCGGGCAUACAGAACAUGGGCAUGCUGGACAGCUGCAACACGGAGGCGACCGUCAUGACGUCGGUGGAAGGUGAGGAGCUCAACACGGCCAACACGGUGAGCUCGAACGAACCGCUGUGGCGCUCCAACUACGGCAUGGACUACAAGGGUCCGGCCCGCUCGGUCACCACAACCGAUCUCGUCUGCUGGGCGGCACAAGUCGCCUGCGGUAUGGAGUAUCUGGCCUCGCGGAAGGUCCUCCACGGUGAUCUGGCCGCGCGGAACAUCUUGCUGUGCGACGACAACGUGGUCAAAAUCUGCGACUUUGGUCUGGCGCGGUCCAUGUACAAGAGCGACAACUACAAGAAGAAGGGCGAAGCGCCACUUCCAUUUAAGUGGCUGGCGCUAGAGUGUAUCAGCGAUAAUGUUUUUGGGACUUAUUCGGACGUUUGGGCGUAUGGAAUCGUGCUGUGGGAGUUCUUCUCGCUGGCGAAGAUUCCGUACCCGGGAAUGGAGGCCAACCAGGAGUUGUACAACAAGCUGAGGGAUGGCUAUCGGAUGGAUAAGCCGCAGUACGCUAACCAGGACGUGUACGACAUCAUGCUGAACUGCUGGAACGUGAAGCCGGACACGCGACCCUCGUUCAAAGAUCUGAAGAGCCGGUUCAACGCGAUGCUGCCGGAGGAGUUGCGAAAUCAUUACAUCGACCUCAACGAGCCGUACUUGGCGAUGAACACCGAGAAGGAACAGCGAGGUGAACCGGAUUACUUGGUUAGUCUGGCACCACCGGAAGAGAUGGCGCCAGCGGCGCCUCCAACCUACGUCAACGGUAUCAUUCUACCGCUGCCACCGAUUUCAGACAAUCCCGACUACCUGAAGAUGACGAACGCCAAGUCCGACUCGGAGGAGAGCCAGUUCGACUUUGCGGCGUUCGCCAACAGCCAGCCGUCGCCCACGCUCAAGAACAACCUGGACAGCAGUCCCCAGCAGGGCAGCAAGCGGCACAAGAAGAAGGGCAUCCCCGAGGAGAUCCCGAUGCUGCGCAACAACGGCACCUCGUUCAACUCGGACUCGGAAACGGAAGCGACCAGCCCGGUGCCGACGGUACGCACGACCAAGAUCACCCAGCCCGACCACGAGUACGCGAACCUCAAGCGGAUACGGGACGCAACGACGGCGGCGGUGGACAACAACGAUGCGUUCAGCAAUCCCGGCUACGUGAUCGUCAACACGGUCAACGAGAAGCGAUCAAAGUGAACACACACUUCCACACUUCCUCUCAAACACACACGCUUACUUACUUGUUAGCACACACAAAAAGCGACAUCUGCUGUCGACCUUCCUCGAGAGUUAUCUUUAUAGGGAACGAGAAUGUUACGUCCGCGACUGAGAAACGAGAAAUUUUAAUCUUUACAACAGUGAUCUUGAAAAGUGAACUAUUUUGUGAGUGUAUUUGCAAUUGUGCGUUGCUCGUCUUAGGAUCUUUCUUUUUUUUUUAAUUCAAAACUAGGUAUUACACACAACACAGUGAAUAUAGUGGAGAAUGUCGUAGUUGGAGAUGAUUUUAUUUACAACUAGAUAGUGAAUGAUUGAGAGAAUUUUAAUACAAGAACGAGAGCUUUUAUUCACGGAGAAGCUUUUUUGUGAACAAGGAUGCCUUGAAUGUUUUAGAUGUAACGCGAUACCUUACUCAUUUGAAUGUAAUUGUGUACAUAAAUUAUUUAAAUGUAAUUUAAGCUAAAUAGAA